UCUCUACUUGCCAUUAUCACUUCCUCUUAUGUGGCUUUAUGAAGUUUAGCAAGUAGAAGACUGUAAACCACGCUGUUAUAUAGUGAAAUGUGCUACUGCAGUUGGAAAUAAAAUAAAAUCGGGAUAUUUUAGUGAAUGACUGUGUCGACUUCUAUGUAAAUACCAGCCCAGCUUUAAAAGUGACAACCUUGAAGAGACACAUUAGCUGUGACACCGAAAAGGAACGACAAUCAACAAGUUGCAAAGUAUGGAAUCCUUUUCUUUGGAGGUAGAUGAGAGGACGGAUGAGGAGAGGGAAGAGGCCAAAGCAAUGAGAGAACAUCGUCGAGCAAAAGCCAAAACACCAUUGGACACUGACAUCGAAAAGGACCUUGGUUGUACCACUCCCCUAGUCCAAUUCAACCCGAAUUUUUCUUACGAAAUACAAGGUAUUAACGCCGAACCAGUUCAGCAUGAGAGGUUUGACCUUAAGAAGCUUUUUGAUGCCGUGUCCAGUGGUGACGUCAACAGGCUGGAGGGCCUAGAGGAGUGUCUGAGUAAAACAAACAAGAAGCUGACAAGCCCUGAUUAUUUGCCCAAUGGAAAGACAGUCCUGAUGAAGGCUCUGCUAAACCUGAGAAAUGGAAAAAACGAAACAGUGGAGCACUUGCUGUGCAUUGCAGAAGGAAAAAACGAUCUUCAUGAGUUAGUGAAUGCAGCAUGCACAGAUCCCUACUAUAAAGGACAAACAGCUCUUCAUAUAGCAAUUGAGAGGAGGAACAAGCAUUAUGUUGAGCUGCUCAUUCAGAAAGGGGCUGAUGUCCAUGCAAAGGCUUGUGGGAAAUUCUUCCAGCCACUUAGUGAAACAUGUUUCUACUUUGGGGAGCUUCCUCUUUCUCUGGCAGCGUGUACUAAUCAGAAAGACAUAGUGGACCUGCUGAUGGAUAAAGCAGACAUGAGGCGUACGGACACUCUGGGCAACACGGUUCUUCAUGCGCUUGUGAUGGUGGCUGAUAACAGCCCUGAAAAUACAGACUUCGUCAUUUCCAUGUACGACUACAUUCUUACCAAAGACGCCGCUAAGAAUCCCAAAGAAAAGAAGCUGGAGGACAUUGAGAACAAUAAGGGACUUACUUCCAUCAAGCUGGCUGCGAAGCUAGGAAGGAUUGGGCUGCUUAAACACAUUCUGCAUCGUGAGUUCCUGCAGGAAGAGUGCAGGCAUCUGUCCCGAAUGUUCACAGAGUGGGCAUAUGGCCCAGUGUGCGGUUCACUGUACGACCUGGAUGAUAUCGACACCUAUGAACCAAACUCUGUCCUAGAGAUAGUUGUUAAUGGCACAGAGAUACCUAAUCGUCUCGAGAUGCUCCAGAUUGAGCCACUUAAUAAACUGCUGGAAGACAAAUGGAACAGAUUUGCCAAAUGGAUAUUCCUCUUUAAGUUUAUUGUUUAUAUCAUAUAUCUCAUCAUCUUCACAGUUACUUCUUAUCACCGUGAAGAAGGAACACCUUCAUUUACAAUCAAGAACACAACUUUGGACUACCUUCUGCUUGCUGGUCAAGUCAUCAUGGCUACCGGAUCAGUCUACUUCUUAUUUAGUGUGCUGAUGGAUAUACAUAAAAAGCGGCCAAGUCUGCAAAAAAUACUGGAAGAUGGCUAUUCUGACCUGCUUUUUUUAUUACAGGCUGGGUUGUUUAUAAUCUGUGCUGGGCUGUAUGUCUUCGGGAGGCAGGAGUAUCUUGCCUUUCUGGUGCUCAGUGUGGCUAUGUGCUGGGUUAAUCUGCUCUACUUCUCCAGAGGUACUCAACACAUGGGCAUCUACAACAUCAUGAUUCAGAGGAUAUUCCUUGGCGACAUCUUGCGCUUCCUCUUUGUCUACAUUGUCUUCCUCAUUGGAUUUUCAGCAGCUGUGGUGACUCUACUGCACGGACCUAAAAACAAUAGUACAAAUGUGACAGAAGGCUGCAACAAACCCACCUUUAAAAGCAUCUCAUUCACCACAUUGGAACUGUUUAAGUUCACUAUAGGCAUGGGAGACCUGGAGUUCACGGAGAAGUAUGAGAAUAUACACGCAUUUUAUGUGCUGCUCUUAUCCUACCUUGUGCUCACGUAUAUUCUGCUGCUGAAUAUGUUGAUCGCUCUGAUGAGCAAGACUGUCGAAGACAUGUCUGAGAAGAGCUCCAGCAUCUGGAAACUACAGCGUGCCAUCACCAUCCUGGAUCUGGAGAGAUUUGCAUGCUGUCUGAAGAAGAAGUUGCGCUCAGGAGUGAGGAGGAACCUGGGCAAAAGUGAGGCGGACUGGCGCUGGUGUCUCAGAGUGGAAGAAGUUAACUGGAAAAAUUGGAACCGCAAGCUGGGAAUCAUCAGUGAGGAUCCUGGAGAAUGCAAAACAGUAAUGCGAACGGAACCUUACAGAGAGCCCAGCCAGUGUGAUGUCAGUCGAAAGUGAUGCAAGCGGUCUAUAGUCCAGGCAGAAGAAGAGACACAACCCCUGGCCUACAGCUCAGCACAAUGGAAAUAAAUAUAUACUUGAGCACUGAUCCAAGUUUUUUUAGGCAAUUAUAAAAUAAAGGAGGCUUUGGAAGUCUGUUUUCUUAGAGUA